ACACGCCCACUCCGGAGCGGGGGCGGCAGCAGGAGCCGGAGCCGCCGCGCAGGGACUCCCCCCUGCAGAGCCGGGGUGUCUGUGUCCUCCCCACUCCGCCUCCGUCGCCCCUCGCUGCAGCCGGGCGCCCCGGCCCCGGGGAUGUUCUCCCGCAAGGGCCAUGCGGAUGUCAAGAAAUCUACACAGAAAGCGCUGGACCCGAAGAAGGACGUGCUGACCCGCCUCAAGCACCUCCGCGCCGUGCUGGAUAAUUUGGAUGGGAGUGACCUGAAACAAUUUUUUGAGAUCCACUAUUCUCAAAUUUAUUUUAUCUUCUAUGAAAAUUUCAUAACACUGGAAAAUAGCUUGAAACAAAAAGGGAAUAAAUCACAAAGGGAGGAGCUGGACUCUGUUCUCUUUCUUUUUGAAAAAAUAUUGCAGCUACUACCUGAGAGGAUUUAUUAUCGAUGGCAUUUUCACAGUAUAGGAUCCAUUUUGAAAAAGCUUUUGCACACUGGAAACUCUAUAAAGAUAAGAUGUGAAGGAAUCCGAUUGUAUCUUCUUUGGCUUCAAGGACUUCAGACAAAUUGUUCAGAAGAGCAAGUGUUAAUUUUUGCAUGUCUUGUGCCUGGUUUUCCACCUAUUAUGUCAUCAAGAGGUGCUUGUACACUGGAUACCCUCGUUAGUCCUCCUCCCAGUUUACUUGAUGCAAAGAUUUGUCCUGAAGAAAUAACCCCACUUUUGCCAGCUGUCUCUGGUGAAAAGAUUGCUGAGGAUCAGACUUGCUAUUUUCUUCAGCUGUUGUUAAAGUAUAUGGUAAUCCAGGCUGCAAGCUUGGAGUGGAAGAAUAAGGAAAACCAAGACACUGGUUUUAAGUUUCUCUUCACCUUGUUUAGAAAGUAUUAUCUUCCACACUUGUUUCCAUCUUUUACAAAACUAACCAACCUCUACAAGCCUGUGCUUGAAAUUCCUGACUUGAGACCAAAACCAGUGUACAUUACUGCAACCCGAAACAAUGAAAACAUUUACAGCACGAAAAUUCCCUAUAUGGCUGCCCGUGUUGUUUUUAUUAAAUGGCUCGUCACCUUCUUUCUGGAGAAAAAGUACUUAGCAGCAGCUCAGAGCACUAAAAAUGGAGGUGAAGUGUUGCCUAAAAUCAUCCAGACUGUUGGUGGUAGUUCAACUCAAGAUAAGAACCCUGAGCUGGAAGCCAUCGCACAAUUGGAGCAAGAAAGAAAUCAUUCCAACAGUAGCACCUUGUCUGAUAGGAGACUCAGUAAUUCUAGCCUUUGCAGCAUUGAAGAACAACAUCGGUCAGUGUAUGAGAUGGUGCAGAGGAUUUUAUUGUCCACUCGAGGUUAUGUCAAUUUUGUCAACGAAGUAUUUCGCCAGGCUUUUUUAUUACCUUCUUCUGAUAUAUCUGCAACACGAAAAGUAGUGAAGGUAUACAGAAAAUGGAUAUUGCAAGAGAAACCUGUGUUUAUGGAAGAACCAGAGAAAAAAGAAAACAGUCAAGAUGAUUUGACUACCUUGGAGCAUUCAGAAACACAGACAGAUAGCAAACAUUUUGCCACUGAACAUUCUGGACAUAAAAGAACUUCCAGCUGGGGAAGAACUUAUUCCUUCACUAGUGCUGUUAGUAGAGGAUGUAUAUUAGAAGAUGAAGACAAAAAUGUGAAAGCUGGGGCACAGGCUGCGUUACAGGUGUUUUUGACCAAUUCUGCAAAUGUUUUUUUAUUGGAACCCUGUGCUGAAGUCCCUGCACUCUUAAAGGAGCAAGUUGAUGCUUGCAAAGCAGUUCUGAGUAUUUUUAGGCGUAUGAUAAUGGAACUUUCAAUGGACAGAAAAACAUGGGAACAGAUGUUACAGAUUCUCCUCAGAAUUACAGAAGCAGUCAUGCAGAGGCCAAAGGAUAGCCAAAUAAAGGACACAUUUGCUCAAAGCAUGGCAGGAUUGCUUUUCCGGACCCUUAUUGUGGCUUGGAUCCGAGCAAAUCUGAGUGUUUACAUUUCUCGAGAACUCUGGGAUGAAUUGCUUAGCGUGCUGUCUUCCCUAACUGAUUGGGAGGAGCUGAUAAGUGAAUGGGCCAAAAUUAUGGAUUCUCUGACAGUAGUGUUAGCAAGAACAGUGUAUGGAGUAGAAAUGACCAACUUACCACUGGAUAAACUGAGUGAACAAAAGGAAAAAAAACAAAGAGGAAAAGGUGGCAUCUCAGAUCCACAAAAGGUAACUGCAGUGGGAAGAUCAUUUUCAUUAAGCUGGAGAAGUCAUCCUGAAGUUGUGGAACCAAUGAGAUUCAGGAGUGCUACCACCUCUGGAGCACCAGGAGUUGAGAAAGCAAGAAAUAUAGUCCGUCAAAGAGCAACAGAAGUUGAAGAAUCUCAGCCAUCAGAAAAUGUCACAGGGACAGAGUCAAGUGGUCCAUUUGCAGACCAGGAUCAACAAAUUACUCGAAGCAGUAGCACUUCAGAUAUUACAGACCAAUUUAGUUCGGAUUUUUUUCAAGGGAAAAAGACCGAGAGCACGCAGAAUUUAAGUUCUUCAGACUUUAAAUCUGUUCAAGAAAAUAAGGGAUAUAUGAAGAAAGAACAUGAAGCCCAGCACGUUUUAGUGCGAAGGAGCAGCAGUCCAGCUGAAUUGGAUUUGAAAACAGACCUGCAGUCUCACAGAAGUCCCAAGGAAAGAGAAAAGAGUGAAAGUUUUAGUAGUGACACAUCCUUUGGCUACAAUAACGAAGUAGACAUCACCCUGCUUCCCUGGCAAACAUGUGAAGAAGACCAUGAAGUUAAUACAACCACAGAUGUUUGUGCUGAUCCAGAUGUACGUCAUUGGCUGCAGCUUAGUCCUUCAGAUGCUGCAAAUUUAACAGACAGCAGUGAAUUCCUUGCUGAUGACUGCAGUAUAAUUGCUGGUGGAAACCUAAUGGGUUGGCAUCCUGAUUCUGCUGCUGUAUUAUGGAGGAGGAUCUUGGGAAUCCUUGGAGAUGUCAACAAUAUCCAGUCACCUAAAAUCCAUGCCAGAGUUUUUGGGUAUCUCUAUGAAUUAUGGAACAAACUAGCAAAGAUAAGGGACAAUCUUGCUAUAAGCGUGGAUAACCAGUCUACUCCCUCUCCUCCUCUUUUAAUUCCACCGCUCAGAAUAUUUGCCUCAUGGUUGUUCAAGGCAACAACCUUGCCAAAUGAAUAUAAGGAAGGCAAACUUCAAGCAUACAGGCUGAUCUGUGCUAUGAUGACCAGGCGCCAAGAUGUCCUGCCAAAUUCUGAUUUCCUAGUGCAUUUUUAUCUUGUGAUGCACCUUGGCUUAACUAGUGAAGAUCAGGAUAUUUUAAAAACUGUCAUAAAGCACUGUCCACCCUGGUUUUUCUUCUUGGCUUUACCUGGUUUUACAAUGCUGAUAGGAGACUUCAUUACAGCUGCAGCCAGAGUUCUUAGUACAGACAUGUUGGAGGCCCCUCGUUCAGAAGCUCAUACUAUUCUUGGUUCUCUUGUUUGCUUUCCAAAUAUCUACCAAGAAAUCCCACUGCUACAACCCAUCCUGAAAACUGGUGGUCUCAUCGCAGGAACUGCAGAUGUCAAAUGUUACCUCAUAAAUAUUUUAUUGAAGAAUGCCACUGAUGAGCCAAGUGAAGCUGCAAGGUGUAUAGCUGUUUGCUGUCUUGGAAUUUGGAUAUGUGAAGAACUAACACAAUGCACAAACCACGCCCAAGUGAAGGAUGCAAUAAAUGUUAUAGGUGUGACACUAAAGUUUUCUAAUAAAAUGGUAGCUCAGAUAGCUUGUGAUGUUCUACAACUGCUAGUUUCAUAUUGGGAAAAGAUUCAGAAGUAUGAAUCCUCUCUGCCCCGGAAAAUUACUGAAAUCCUUGUGGCCACUAUUGCAUUUUUAUUGCCUAGUGCUGAAUACUCUUCUGUGGAAGUGGAUAAGAAGUUUAUAGUUUCAUUAUUACUUUGCUUAUUGGAUUGGUGUAUGGCAUUACCACUGAAAACCUUACUAGAGCCAGCCUCUGUUGGAGUCCUUGAAGAUCAGCAUUCAUCCAAAGCUCCAUUACUGGAUUACAUAUACAGGGUUCUGCACUGUUGUGUUUAUGGCUCGAGCACAUAUACACAACAAAGCCAUUAUAUUUUGAGUCUUGCUGAUCUCUUAUCUAAUGACUAUGAUCCAUUUUUGCCAUUGGGAAAUAUCAAGACUUCUGAGCUGGCACCGUCUCUCUCUUCCACUGAUUUGGGUAAUCUACUCACUGUUGCAGAGGAAAAAAAAAGAAGAAGCUUGGAAUUAAUACCUCUAACUGCACGAAUGGUUAUGACACAUCUAGUAAACCACUUAGGUCACUAUCCCCUUAGUGGAGGUCCUGCCAUUCUGCAUAGCCUCAUAAGUGAGAAUCAUGAGAACUUGUACGUGGAUUCUUCUGAACUGUCUUCAGAAGUCUUCCAAAGUCCAAACUUGCAAUUAUUUGUAUUUAAUGACAGCACUCUUAUAUCUUACCUCCAAAUUCCUGCAGAAAGGAGACUGGAGACUGAGCCAGCAGGAGCUCCCUCCGAUGUAAGAGUAAUAGUUAGAGAUAUCUCAGGGAAAUAUUCUUGGGAUGGCAGGAUAUUAUAUGGACCUUUGGAAGGCUGUCUACCACAGCAAAAUGGAAUGAAUUCACUUGUGAUUUCAAGCAGUUGUGAGAAGCAAUUUGAGUCCCCAACAGAUGUUGCUCAAGUAGAAGAAGGAGAAGAUGCUCUUGACACAUUGCUGGAAAAGAUUGGUAGCACUAGUCCUGAAUGCCUUUUACAUCCUCAGCGAAAACUGAAUGAGCCAUCACCUCCACCAUUUGGUAUGAACUGUGACCAAGAGAAUGAGAUCAUAGAAGCCCUAAUAAGGCAGAGUGCCCAAGAAAAAGAAUAUAUAUAUAAAUGUGAUUCUGAUCUUGAUAUGAAAGUAGCUUAUCAAGAAGAACCAAGUCCUGCUGAACCACAAGCACCAUUUUAUUUCUGCAGGUUAUUGUUAAAUGACUUAGGAAUGAACUCCUGGGAUAGAAGAAAAAGCUUUCAUCUACUCAAGAAAAAUUCUAAAUUACUGAGAGAGCUGAAAAAUCUAGACUCCCGGCAAUGUCGUGAAACUCACAAGAUUGCAGUGUUUUACAUUGCAGAAGGGCAAGAGGACAAAUGUUCAAUACUGUCUAAUGCAAGAGGAAGCCAAGCAUAUGAAGAUUUUGUUGCUGGAUUGGGCUGGGAGGUUGAUCUUUCAACGCACUGUGGAUUUAUGGGCGGUCUGCAACGUAAUGGCAGCACAGGACAAACAGCACCAUAUUAUGCUACCUCUACUGUGGAAGUCAUUUUUCAUGUGUCCACAAGAAUGCCAUCUGAUUCAGAUGAUUCACUGACCAAAAAGCUUCGUCACUUGGGAAAUGAUGAGGUUCACAUCGUCUGGUCUGAACACACCAGGAACUACCGCAGGGGUAUUAUACCAACAGAUUUUGGAGAUGUUUUAAUUAUUAUUUAUCCAAUGAAGAACCACAUGUUUUUCAUAGAGAUAAUGAAGAAACCAGAGGUGCCGUUUUUUGGUCCUCUGUUUGAUGGAGCAAUAGUGACUGCAAAACUACUGCCAAGCCUUAUAUGUGCCACAUGCAUCAAUGCCAGCAGAGCUGUGAAAUCUCUCAUACCACUCUACCAGAGCUUCUAUGAGGAGAGAGCUCUGUAUCUUGAAGCAAUAAUCCAGAAUCACAAAGAAGUAAUGACAUUUGAGGAUUUUGCAGCUCAGGUCUUUUCUCCCUCUCCUAGCUACUCCCUCAGUGGAACUGGCUGUCUCACCACAAGUGCAAGUGCUGACCUCACUGUAAACAUAGGGAUAGAAUUAGCAGAGCAGACCUCUCCAACACUACCACGUGCCACGAAAAACAAAGUCUCUGGGAAACUUCGUCGCUCUGCUAGUGCUCUCAGCAAAUCUUCAAACUAACGCACUUUGGAAGUGGAAGUCCAGUCAAGGGAACUUAAAGCAAAAUUCUUGAAAUAUAUUAAAAUAUUUACUAUAUCAAUAGAACUUGUAACUUUGGGUAAGCACACAAUGAAGUAUUUUUGCUAUAAAAUUUCAAUUCUCUAAUGUUUCAAAACUUAAAUUAUUGAUGGACAGCUUUCACUUGAAUUACCCGUCAUGCAUUUCACUUGAUUUUUGCUGUCAUAAAAAUGACUUAGACAAAUGUGGAGCUCUCAGUGUGUGUGGCAUUUUAAGUGGUAUGAGAUAACUCACUCAUUUUCCCUGAGUUUUGGUAAGUGCAAAUUUAAAUGUCACAGAGAGGAGGCAAACCAAGUGUUAGAACCAGUUAAUAUACUUUCCACAUCUUGAUUUUAAACAUUCCAGUUAACCCUUGUUUGUAUAUUAACAAAUUUUGUCUAAAUGGAAAUCAAGUUUCAUUUGAUUUACCAUCUGAUGGAUGCUUUUCUUUUUAUAAGUAUGGGUGACCAACCUGGGUGCUUAUCAAUGUCUUCAAGUGCCCAUUGCUGUUCUGUUUUGAACUGCUCACUCAGUGCAGUUUUUGUGCAUGUAGCUAAAAAUGCAUAAGUAUCAAAUGAGUGUUGCUAAGUAAUUUACCUGCAAUCUGGAAAGCUACUGCCAAUUGCAUAAAACACCAUGCCCUGGAUUAAAAUCACUUUGCUUAAUCUUGCCAUGUUAUGCAGGAGGGCAUAUUCUCAUGCAUCAUAUAAAGGCUUGAAAUGAAGGAUGCUCCAGGUCUCGCAGGCUUGUGUCUCAACCCAGCAUACCAGGAAAUGGAAUUAAGACCCCUUGCAUUUUCUCUCUUAGUAUUCCUGCUAUGAUCGCCACAUGCCAGUGUUGCUGUAUUUAAAGGUCUGCAGUCUGAUGGUCUCAGCAUCUGUUGUCAAAUAGCCACACAGUGUAAUGCAGGUUAGUUGUUAACAUGUCCAGUUCAGCUCCAGCCACUUAGUUUACAUCUCUGGUUAUUUCAUGAUUGAAAUCCUGUUAGGACUGUGCUUGGAUUUGGAGUUAUUUUGUCAUAUGGAAUGCUGCAUGUGAUUGAUGCAUCAUGGAUUGUGAUCACUUUUUCAGUCUAGGUAAAAAAAUAAAAAUGACCAAAUUAUUUAAUUUAGAAAUGCAGAUAUUGCACAUUAGUAAUAAUUUUGUGUCACCCUGGCUUGCAUAACUAGGAGCCAGUACACAUCUUAGGUAGUCACAUUGAGCUGUUGCACCAGCAGGACAGUAAUCUGCUAAUUGAAGUACCCCUAAUCAGACCUAAAUAUAAUAAACUUGAAAGCUUUCAAGGGCGCAUGACAUUGUCUUCUUUUACUGAUCAGCACAAUAUACAAAUAUUUUAAACACAAAACCAACUUAUUACGAUCUCAGUAAGUACUGGGGUUGAAAAGCUAAGGGAAACUUUUUGUACUUUAAAAAAUGUAACUUUACCACAAAAGUAAAGGAAGUAAAAGGCAAGAACUGUAAUCACUUCGAACACUUAAUACAAGUGAGAAAAUUAAAAUUGAUGGUAGAAAUUCUGUCAUCGAAUUUUGUCUUCAUCUUGCAACAGCCUGCAAGAUGAAUUACAGUGAUUUACAUCAAUCACCCAUGUAAAUGCUGCAAUACCUGAGAACAACAGGGUCUGGAGCAGUGGAGUUCCAGCAGUGAAUUUCCUAGCCUUUUACAGGACGAUUGGGCACUAAGGGAGAAAGAGGCAAUUGUCAGACAGCUAAAAUCACCUUAGCCUUUGGUCUUUGAAUCUUGGAUGUUAGUGUUGGUGGUACCUCUGCUGCUGGAGUUUCAGAUCUCACACCUCUAACCUUCCUAAUCCUCCUCAGGUCUAGCUGACGUUGUUUCUAUUUGUUGAAUUUAUGUUCAUGAUGUUCUUUAGCCCAUUUAAACCUAAUGUGAUUUAUCUCAACCGAAGGGGACUUUUAAGUGAAGCUAACUGCACCAUUGGGCAGAUAUUUUUUGUUGCACUCAGUUUCUCUGUAUAGGUUAAGUGAAUGUCUAUCUACUUUCAUGUCUACAGUGAUCUGCGUUAAUUCUCUGUAAAUAUGGAAUACUAUUUGAUAAAUAUUUACAGUACUAUUAAGUUAUAGUUUGGCAUUUUGUUAUUGGGUUUAUGUAUUAGUUUAUUUGGUUCUAGCAGUAGCCCGUUUAUCAGGAUGAGGAUAAAUUUUGUAAUUGGACCCAUUCAUUAUCCAAACUAGAAAGUAGAAAUUAUUACUCAUAAUGGUAGUAUGCUGUCCACAUGAGCUGGCAUUUACAGUUCACAGGUAAAUGCAGUAAAUGCCUGCUGGGACAGAGCACUGUUAAAUCGCUAAAAUGUCUGGUUUUCAUUUCACUUUCUGUUUUAAACUAUGUUUUUUGCUUCUUCCUGAUAGUGUGUCUAUAAAGUCAAUUAGAAAAGUUGUGUAUUUCAUUAUAAAAUGUGUUCUCAUAGUAAUGAUUGUUGGGUAGAAGAACAUGGCUGUUCUUAGUUAUCCAAUAAAAUGUCAAAUAUAAGCUGGCUGAAAUAGUUCAAAGGGCAUUUUUCUGAAUAAUGUGGAAACUUUCCUUCUAAGCUUACGCACAUCUCUAAUAGAAAGAAUGAAAGUUCAGCUACAAAAUUAUUUCGUUGGCACUAAACAUAUCAAAAAAUGAAUUGUCGAAGUCCUAGUGGAGUUUUGUAACAUAAAGCAAUAAACAUAUUUUUCCUUAAUGCCUCAGAAACCAGUUAACCAAUUCACAGCAUAAUUUUUUAUAAAAUAUACAGAACAUAAAGAAAAUGUCUCUCAGGUGCAAACAGCUUCUCUCUGAUCUUUUAUUUAACUGCCAGGGUGAAACAGGGAUGCUGACACUGGCACUAGACUUUAUUUCUUGUUAUCCAAAUAAUAAAUGCAGACUUAACUGCAUCGGAUGAGGAUUUAUUUUGUACAGUGUUAGUUGUUCGCACCACUUUUGAGCAGUUAUAUUCUGUCUAAAAAACAAAAUACUGGGCAAAAUUCAGAAUUGGUGUAAGUAAGUGUAAAUUUCAUGGAAAUCACUGGGCAAAUGUGAGUAGAGACUUCCAUGGUGAAGUGCAGUUUUGGGGUGUCUUUGGCUAAAACAACUUAAUUUGGGCUGAUUUGGUGUUCAUGUAACCUAGGUGUAACAGAGAAUGCAGCUGACAUGUAGGUGUACAAUAAGCUGUGGGAGGAGAGGUUCUCCCUUCCUGAGGAAUAUAAAAUCCUUUGCUUAUCCUAUUCUGUCACCCUGCACACAGUUCCCAUUAAGGUCACCUGAUGGGAUGACCAGGCCCUGGUUGUUCCAGAGUAUGCUAUGCUUUAAUGAAGCAGCUUGUUUUUGAUGAGGGGGAGAUGAUUUGUACUUCUGCUAUUGAAAACUUGUUGGCUACCCAACAACAUGCUUGCCCAACGCAGAUUCCAUUUAGCAUAGUUAAACAAAAUAAGACUUCAUCUUGAGGCAAUUGCUGCUUGUUGUAACAGUAGCCGUAACUCUGUAGGCUUUCCUAGCAUUUUUAUUGUUACAAAUAGAUUAAUUUCACUACUAAAAAGAAAUCUCCAGCACAUCUUCACUGCUUGAAGGCAUGGGGAGUGCUUCACUUAAGCCUUCCAUUCAGUGACUAUUGGAUGAACAAUAAUGACAAUAACAGCAGCAUCUACAAUAUUUUGUAAAGCUCUGAGGAGAAGGGACUUCUUGAUGAAAUCAGAAAGAAGGGAUGUACUUUUCGGUGUCUUUUGGCCAGACUCUGUUAUUCUUUUCUUGAAACUUCUCCUCAUUCCAGUUCUCUUUUGCUUGCUUACCCCCCGAGCAGGUGUUACCCUGAAGAUGCGAUUAACCAGCUUAUCAUAUCUUAAAUUGUAACCUGGCCACACAUUUAAGCAGCUAAUUGCACAACAAAAAGUAAAACCAGUCACAAAAUUAUUACAUAAAAAAGGUAUAAUAAUUUUGUGGCUGGUUUCAGUUGUGUCUUAGAGUGAACGUGUGGCCAGAUGGACUGCACCAGGGCUCAAACGUGCAGUCCCAGCCAGUCCCUAACCAGCUGAUCAGGAUCAGCAUGGAGACAAUGCCAGGACUCAGAUGGGCCCUGGUGCUGUCCCUGUUGUCCCCUGAUCUGCUGAUCAGGAGUUAGCUUUAGGGGCUCAAACUGGCCUAGUGGGGCUCGAGACCCAGCCAACAAUCAGCUGAUUGUCAGGCAUAUUUGCCAGUUCAGAAGGUGCCCCAGUGUUAAGGAUCCCAGGCUCCCCCUGUACUAGUAAGUAGGGCCCACUUGGUGUCUGAUCCCUGAUCCCAAAAUCAUGCCUCCUGCCAUGCACAUGUAACAUGGCAGGAGAUACAAUUUUUGGGCUUGUGGAUCAGAUCCUGUCAUGCCUUUAAAGGAACAUCUGUCAUCAGCCUUAGUUCUUACCUUAGUUGUUGUACUUAUAGCUGGAGAAAAAUUACUCCCAUAAAUGUUUUCGCUGCUGUGAUUCAAGUAAAUAAUUACUAUAUUACAAGUUUGGCAAAGGUGUUUUCAUAUUCAGGAGUCCAUAAGAUAAUUUACAAGAACAGGGCUUAUAAAUAUUUUACAGAGACCAUUCCCAAAGUAAAAGUAUAGUUAGACAAUGUAAAUGUAUUUUGCUGUUUACAUGGUUUUUUUAAUAUGCACGUUCUGUCCACUGAUAAAAAGGGGUAAGGUCACAUUUUUCUCUUUGACAAAAAAUAUGCUGUGUUCUUCAUAGCAAAGGGGCAAUUUUUCUACCCCUUUGCACUAGUAAAAAAGGAAAAAUGUAAGUCAUUGUAAAUGCCUCUGGGAACUAUAUGAAACAGCAUUCCCAAUCUCUAAGUAAGGCAACCUGUUUUCCUAAUAGGCUGCAUAGGCAUUUCCACAUUACAGUGGUUUUGCUUCUGUUAUGGAGCCAGGGCUCCUGAAAGAAUGCUGUAAAAGCCUUACAUGUUUCUAUGUUCUCGUGUUGGGCUUGUCUGUCAUGUAAAGUCUGUGGAGCUGACCACAAGCAGAGCUGAAACAGAAAUGCCUUGGCUAUGCCAUAUACCAAAUAGUCUUCCCGAUUACAUCAUCCUCUCAAAAGUGAAAUGCUGGAAUUUCAGAAACGACAUUGCUCCAUCUUUAACUGACUUCUGGCCAGUGUCAUGAGCUACAGCUCAUGCUGGUUCAUGCUUUCCUCUUCUAAGGGUGAGGUUGUGCCCAAACUAAAGUGCUGAUGCCCAAGGGGUGAGAGUGCAAGGAGUUCUGCCUUCUCUAUCACUCCUGGGCAGGGAACAAGAAUUCCUAUACAGUAGUGUAGGCACUGCUCCCAGGCCCUGCCAGCAGCUUGGCCAACUCCCCUAGAAGAAUGGAUUUAGCUUGUGUGAUUUUACAAGAAUUGCUCAUAGGAGCAAAAACGUUAUAUAGAAUCAGGCCCCUUAUUAUCAGCUAAUAAUGUUUUAUAUGAGAAUUUUAAAAUUGUCCCAAAUUUAGUCUGCUCCCCUAGUUAGCAAAGCCCAUUUCCACCCCCCACCGCCACCUCCACUGCUCUUAGCUCAUAGAUUGCCUUUCUGCAGAACAUCCAGCUACGGAUGUUAGGACACACGUGGCUGAGAAGCAGCUCUAAACUGAGCUACAGAGGUUACUUAGAGGAACCAGACUGAUUCUUCCUUGAAAAGUUACAUCCUUUUAUCAUAGGCCUGGCAGCAUUCUUGGAUACGUGUAGCCAAUUCUGCCCCCAAAAUUCUCCUUUCUAGUUUCUAGCCCUCCCCAGUCUAUAAACCUUGUUCCUCUAACAGGCCCUUGACAGCUGAACUGAAAGCCAGGACUGCUGCCAGGCUCCUCUCUCUGGAUCAUACUUAGGACUGCUCAGAUGACAGGAGUAAGUACAUUUGAUCAAUAUUUUCAAAGAAAUGGCCCUUUGGAUAAGUGCAGACGAGGGCCCCUUGUGAGAGCACUCCCACUGCAUUCAGCCUGGCGAGUAUGCUCUGCAAUAGCCUCUGGCACAGUUUGAACCAGCAGAGUCUGUGCAACAAUAGUAUUAUCUCCAGCUUCCUCUGAAGAGGUUUUUGCAGCAUUUUGCUAAUAAUAAUUACAGACCAUGGCUAAACCCCAAAAGGCAUUAUUUAUAUGCUAUUCAUUGCAAGAAACGCUUGAUGAGAGUUCCUCCUGUUCUAAGCCUCAUAACACUUUAUUGCAGAGCAGUUUACAUGCACAUUAAAAAUGAUAUGUUUCUAAUGGUGAUUUUCUACUCUAUGGAGAGAUUAUUUGAGAAAAUGAGGUGGGGGAGUCUGUUCUCUCAGCCGUUGUAGUAUCAGGAGCAGUUAUAAGAUAACUCCAUUUUAUACUAAUGGGAACGAUACGGUUCCAUUUGUUUGGUAGGAAAGGGAACCCUGUGGUGUCUGUCUUGGUAGGGGAAUGAGGUGGAAGCAGAGUUUGUCUCUCAAAUUGCCUUUAGAUCAUUUUUUUAUUUGGAAAUAGAGGCUUAAUCCUACACAGUAUGAAGUAAAUUCCUCAGUUAUUUAGUUUGUAAAAUUUGCAUGAGUGAGGCAAUUUGUAGGAAGUGUCAAGAAGAGGUUAUGUGUGCCUGUUUCUAUUAACAGUGAAACUAAGGGGUUGGCAAAGACCCUUUGAUUCAGUUUUGAAAAAAACACCCUGCUGUCUGGGCAGAGAAUUUGACAAGAAUGGGGGGAAUAAUGGGAAGCUCUGAAAUCAGUGACCAGGUUUUCAAAUGCUGAGCCUCCAGACACCCUCAAUGAAGUCUGUAAAAGCCCCUGGGUGCCAAGCCAGGCUGAUAUAGGGUCCGACAUAAUAAGUAUUUGGGAAGUUAACUUCUGACCCCAUCUUUAAGAAAUCUUUGCCUUGAAUAAUAGUCCUUUGGAGGAUCAUUUUGUGAACUGGGAAUGAGCUUAUCCUGCAGACACGGAUUGAAAGGUUGAAUAUACAGCAGUAUGCAGCUCCACAGAACUCAGUUAAUCAGGGCACUCAGAAAAGGUUUAAUAUGGUUACCAGAUACCCCAAAACUGAGGGUUAAUGUGGAACCCCUUUUAACUCACCUGUGUUUGCAUUAAAUGAGCAUUGGAUAAAAUGUAUGAGCAGUCCUUGGAAGAAAGGUAUCCCAUCACCCCAGAGAGUUGUGUAACCCCUGGUUAUAGUCAGGCUCCUUGUAUUUUUUUUCUGGCCCCAUUAAUCUAGAAUUCUUUGCUGUCCCAUGGCCCAGUUUCAGCAGGAGGAAAGGAGAGUGUCUCCAUAGCAGAGCAGCCUGUAAAUGUAGGAUUAGCCUAAUGGAUUUACACACCCUUAUCUGAGGAGGACCUAGAAUCCAGGUCUCCCAUAUCCUGAAGGAGUGCUCUAACAACUGGCUUCUUCUGUAAGAGGUAGGCUUCACCAUCUCCCACUUUCGACAAGGAGCGUGACCCCUGCUCUUUGUGAAGUGAAUGACACAGGCACCUGCCUCUAGGAGAGGAUUCCAGGCUGUGAGUCCCAAUCUCAUCUAAAGGACUUGCUGCAGCCCAGAAAGAAAUGCCCAACACCCCACUCUCUUCAAUAUUCCAUGUCACUAGCACAGGUAGCAGACAGAGUUAGGGCUAACUCUUGUGAAUCCCAUUCUGAGCCUGUCUUAGGGCUGUGGAUUAUUCCACGGUGGGAGCCAGGUCCCUCGAAGUCGGGCAUUGCACUCCCGAGCAUCACAGCACCAAGGUCACUUUGCAGAUCUAGCCCCUCAUGACUUUCUUUUCCCCCUCCUUUGUAUGCACCUGACACCUAGGAACACUAUGAUCUAGCCAAGCAAUAGAGGGGGCACAUUCCUUUCAACCCCAAUCUCACAAACACACAAUUAAGACUCACACAAAUGUACAGUCCCGCUGAACACAGUUACUCACAAGCUAACUGUCUUGCGGUGAGGGCCAUACAUUGCAAUGGUCAUGUUUUAAAAAGCGCCCCAACACUGUUACAUUGGUUAGGAGCUGUGUCAAUAUUCCCAUCUUAAAAUCCUGUUCAUCAGGAGGUUAUGGCCUCACAUCCUUUUGCAUACCUUGUCUCCAAUAUAGCAUCAAUACUGACACUUGCUGAGUUGAUGUUAACUAAUCCCUUUGACAAAUUUAAAGGCGUAAACCAUUCACUUCCCAUGGCAGACACUCUGCAGCACAAUGCCAUGCGCCUUGAAAAAUUGGCUGGUGCGCUUGUCCACGGAUGGGCAGCAGUUCUAUCUCCAAGACGACUGAUUACCGUAAUGUGAAGUGUUGUGCUGCUGCAGUCUGGCUAAUUUACAGGGCACUAAUUGUGCAUUCUGUACAAAUCUGCAUUGUUAUUGGAGCCAGGAAAAAUCUGUACACCCAGGGGAUUGUUUUUCAUUUUCAGUGUGUAAAAAUAGCAAUAAGUUUGAUGCUGUGGAUUAAUGACCACCCUGGGUCCCUUAACUCUGCUUCAGGCCAUUACCUUCUCCCAUUUACAGCACUCCCAGAGAAAAGCCCCCACACCACGAUCCUUAUUGCUUAAAAGAUGGCCCAAAUAGCAAAGAUGAUAACUGAGUCCCAUAACAAUACAUGGGCCUGAUCCUGCAAACAUUUAUUACCAGGCAUGUGGCCUAACCCAAGGCUCACAUGAGUCAAUGUGAUAUUGUGUUGUUUGCUUGCUUGGGUUUUGGAUCAGGCCCAUAGUGCUUCCUGACCUGUAGUUCUUGAUGAAUAGUAACCCUAUAAGCCCCCUGGGUUACUGAACAAGGGUGGACUUAAGUACCUAAGUCAAGUGGACUUAACUUGAUCAUUGUAGACAAUAAGAUUUAAGUAAAUACUUAAAAUUAAUCAGAUUCUGUCCUUCCCUGAACAAGGGUUGAUGCAAUAUGUGCAUAAGCAUUUCCUGACUUGGAGCCCAAAUGACCCACCAUAACAAAUCCAGAAGAAUGUCCCCAAAUAUAUGACAGACCAGACCCAUUAGGUUUACCAGGAAUAUGAAUUAAAGAGAAUAGAAAUAACCAGCAGAUAGUGACAUCAGAUAUUUCCUUGCCUUUUUUUUUUUUUGGAACUAUAAUUAAAAUGAAUGUAAUUGAUGCGUGAAUAAUUCUAGAAAAAUAGCAGUAAGAUGCUGACUUUCCUCAACAGUGAAAGACCAUCCUGAACUGAGACCACACUAUGUCAUUGACCUGCCCUGCCACGUCUUGGCUUCUCAGUGAAUUCUCAGAGAUCCAAGUCACCGCUGAUGUUCAGCUUGAAAAUGCCACAAAGCCUGGCAGUUUAGAGAGAGGAGGGAACCUCUGCUUUCUUUUAAUUGUUUUUCUUUCUGCUUAAGUUAAGGAAAAACAAGUCACCUUUGCAAUGUGAGGAGAAAGGUAACACAGAGUUACCAGGUUGGACUGAGCUACUGAAAUUCCAAGGGCACUGUGCAGCAGAUGGAGCAUGAAUAUUUGCAUUAUACUAGAUUCAAAGUAGUUUUCUCAUUUUUAGUAAUAGUAAGCAAUCCUUUCCUAAAGUCAUUGUAAACAAAAAUGUGUUAACAGUAGACUGAGAGCUUACUUUAAAAAAUAAUAAUAUUGAUGUGAAGUUUCAUAACAAAAGGACACAUGCUGAAAACUCUUCCAAUACUAGUUUACCUCACUUGACUGAUCAAUGCAUUUUGCCCAGUGAUUGUGAGAUUAAGGUAUUCUGUAGUGCGUUCAUAUAGGGGGUGUGGCACUCUCCUAUACGGUUUUAAUCUUGCCUUGGCUGCACUGCUAAACAAUAAUGGAAAAAUCAGGAUCUAGAGGGAUGAUAGCAUCUUAAUGUCUGUUAAACAUGUUCAGCAAAACAUUGAUCAUGUUGCCUGUAAUGGAAUUGCUUUAAACAAAACAAAACAGGUCUUACAGUCUUACAAUGUCCUGUUUUAAUGUACUUACCUGUAUUAGAAUACCUGUAACGUGAAAAGCCAUGCUUGAAAUGCCCUUCUUUCUGGUUUACAUAUCACAAGUUUUUAUGAUGCAAAUCUGAACUCUUUGUUAUCCAAGAUGUACAGUAAACUAAGUUUCAUUAAAGUUAUUUAAAACUGUA